AUGGCGACAUACAAGAAAAACCCGUCACAAGAUCAAGAAGUGUUUAUCAAUUUCCGAGGAGCUGAUCUGCACCAUAACUUUGUCCGGGACCUCGAGAUGGCCUUGAAAAGGAAUGGAAUCAAUGUCUAUAUAGACCAAGAUGAUGAGUUGAGUGGUGUUGAUCCUAGAAGCUUAUUUGUCAAGAGGAUCGAAAAGUCAAAGAUCGCGCUUGCUAUCUUCUCGAGCAAGUAUACUGAAUCAUCAUGGUGCUUAGAUGAGCUUGUGAAGAUCAAAAAACGUGUGGAAGAAGGCAAACUCACGGUGUUUCCCAUAUUCUACAAGAUGAAUCCAUCCGAAGUGAAAGGGCUUGAGGGAGAUUUUGGUUUUCACUUGUGGAAUCAAGUGAAGCAUACUUCUGAAUUUGACAAGCUCAAGAAAUGGAAGGAAGCUUUGGAUUUCGUUUCGCACAAAGCGGGCUUGAUUUUGGCCGGGAACAGAGAUGAGAAUGAGUUUAUCACUAGCGUCGUCGAGGAAGUCAAGAGAGUGACCUGGAUUUCAAAGGAGCUAACAGAUGACGAGUUAAAUAAGCAGGGUAAUGAUGCUUUUAUGGACAAUGAAACUGAUACUAUUCUUUGGGAUGCAAAUCGAGAAGAAGCUGAGAGAAUCCAAGGUCAUGAAGCAAAAAUGUAUAGCAAUUCAAGAAGUGAUGAUGGUCCGAAUCCGAGAAAUGAUGACAUUUCCCUUGGUGAAGCAAAUUUUGAUGCAAAACCUAAUUUACAGAGUGGCGUUGAGAGUAAGCAUGGAAAAGCUAAGCCAAGCUCUACCAUGGCGAACUACCAAAAAGAUACAUCACCGCAUCAAGUGUUCAUCAAUUUCCGAGGGGAAGAUGUUGGUUUCGGCUUCGUAAGCCAUUUGGUUUCCGCCUUAUUAAGGGAAGGGAUCAACGUUUUUAUAGACAAAGAUGAGAGGAAGAAUAAAGAUCUUGGCGAAAUUUUCAAAAAUAUCGAGGAUUCGGAAAUCGCGGUGGUGGUGUUUUCGAGCGGGUACUCAGAAUCGACAUGGUGCUUAGAAGAGCUUGUGAAGAUCAAAGAAUGCAUGGACCAAGGCAAACUCAAAGUCAUUCCAAUUUCCUACAAGGUUGAGCCAUUGCAUGUGAAACAACUAAAUGGAGGAUUUGGUAAUAAGCUUUGGAAUUUAUGGAGGCUUCAUCGUGACCACCAUAUCAUUAAAUGGAAGGAAGCAUUGGAGUCUGUUGCGAGCCUUGAAGCGAUGAUGCGUUUAUGGCUGAAAGAAGAUGGUUCCGAGGGCUUGUUCGUCACUUCCAUCGUCGAGGAGGUCAACAAAACAUUAACCGAGAUUUCGUUGCAGCAAGUACAAAAUCUUGGAACUACUGGAGAAUACCCUGAAACUUUCCCCAACAAGGACAUGCUCUUUGGUAUCGAACAACGUAUGGAGCAAAUAGAGCAGAAGUUGGAUUUUGAUUGCAAUGAAACUAAAAUUAUUGGAGUUGUUGGGAUGCCUGGCAUUGGUAAAACAACUCUUGCAAUGAUGCUACACGAAAAGUGGAACUGCAAGUUUGUACGUUGCGUACCUCUUCUGGAAGUCCGUAAGAAGUGGAAGGACUAUGGGCCAGUGUGGCUACGGACGACACUCUUAAAGGUGUUACUCGGUGGGGAGAUUCCAAUCAUAAAGGACGAGACAACACAUGAAUCCGUGAAGAAUGAAUUGCUUCAGACCAAAGUUUUCAUUGUUCUCGAUGACGUGGGUGACAAGAAACAGCUUGAGUUUCUUCUUGGUGACCUAAAAUGGGUUAAGAAGGGAAGCAAAAUUAUUAUCACAACGUGUGACAAAUCGUUGCUCGAAGGAUUGGCUCAUGAUACUUAUUUGGUUCCUCAAAUGGACAAUAAAGAGGCCUUUCAACUCUUUAGUUCUUUCGCUCUUGAUGAUCAAAUCUGUUCUCCCCCAAAGACAUUGGUGGAUAUUGCUGGAGGCAACCCAUUAGCUCUUAAACUAAUGGCUAUCGACAAGUCUCACUGGGAACAUGUGUUUAUCCAAAAUGUCUUGAAACACUAUAUCGACCAACUUAAUGAGCAACAAAAAGAUGUGUUCCUCGACAUAGUGUCUUUUUUCAAAUCAGAAGACGAGUAUUUUGUUAGAAGUAUACUGGAUUCAGGAGAUGCUGACACUACGGAUGCUGUGAGUGAAGUAACAGAUCUCGCUGACAAGUUCUUGAUUACAAUUUCCGAUAGUCGGAUAGAGAUGAAUGAUCUGGUAUACAUGUUCGGUAAGCAACUUGGUUCUCCCGGGAGACAUAAGCUGUGGAAAUACAAGGAUAUUAUCAAGAAACUGGAAAAACAGGGAAAAAUUGAUGCUAAUAACGUGAGAGGUAUUUUCAUAGAUAUGUCAAAAGUAAGGAAAACUAUUUCCUUGGAGCCAAGCACCUUCGCCAGUAUGUCCAAGCUUCGAUACCUCAAGAUAUAUGAUUCUUAUUGUCAUCGAAAAUGUAAUCCUAAUUGCAAAUUAAAUUUCCCGCAUGGACUCGAGUUCCCUUUAAAAGAUGUUCGAUAUCUUCAUUGGGUAAAAUAUCCGUUGGAGGAACUUCCACCAGACUUCAUGCCGGAUAGUCUUGUUGACCUUAGGCUUCCUUACAGCAAGAUUAAACGUGUUUGGGAAGGUAUUAAGGAUACACCAAAGUUGAAGUGGGUGGAUUUAAGCUAUUCGAGUAAGCUGCUCAGCAUAGCAGCAUUAUCAAAGGCUGAAAAUAUUCAGAGAUUGAAUCUGGAAGGAUGCACAAUUUUGGAUGAGUUACCAUUGGAGAUUCAAAAUAUGAAGUCUCUUAGUUUCCUGAACCUCAGAGGUUGCAUACGUCUUUGUUCUAUUCCAGAGAUGAAUUUGACUUCCCUUAAAAUUCUCAUCCUCAGUGACUGCUCAAAUCUCAAGGAGUUUCAGCUAAUUUCCAAAAAUAUAGAGUUUCUUCAUUUAGAUGGUACUGCAAUCAACAAGCUUCCUCCCACUAUCAAGAACCUCGAAAGACUUGUCUUGUUAAAUUUGAAAAGCUGCAAGCUGUUGGAGUAUCUUCCCAAUUGUUUCAGCGAGAUGAAAGAUCUUGAAGAACUAAUACUUUCUGGCUGUUCAAAGCUUAAGAAUCUUCCAGAUGUCAAGGAAAACAUGAAACAUAUCAAGAUUUUACGUCUUGAUAGAACAGGAGCACAAGAGAUGCCAAACAUAUCGAGUUUCAUCACUAGAUCUCAUGAAGACCAAGCUUCUGGAUCAUAUCAUUGUCCGAGCGAAUGGCCACAUGGUGUUAAUGAAGUGUCCUCCCUAGGACGUCUAUGUUUGAGCGGAAAUGAUUUUGCCAGCUUGCAAGAUGACAUAAGUAAGCUCUAUAAUCUGAAAUGGCUAGACUUGAAGCAAUGCAAGAAGCUAAGAUCUAUUCCAAUGCUCCCACCAAGACUUGAGUAUUUUGAUGCACAUGGGUGUGAAUCUCUAGAAAAAGUGUCAAAUCCUUUGGCUCUUCAAGUGCUGACAGAUAAUAUCCAUGCCACCUUCAAUUUCUCAAACUGCAAAAAGCUUGAUCUAGAUGCAAAGGAUAGUAUCAUCUCCUACACUCGGUGGAAAAGCCAGUUAGGUUUUGUUUUGGACGUUUUUAUUGGUACUUGCUUUUCUGGAUGGAAAGUACCAACAUGGUUUAGUUACCGAGCCUCUGGAUCAGUCUUAAAGCAAAAGCUACCCUCGCACUGGUGUGCCAAAAAUUUUACCGGGAUAGCUCUAUGCGCUGUUAUCUUAUUUUCUGGAAACCAUGACCAAAAUAAUUCACUCUUAGUGAAAUGUCAUUGUGAUUUCAAGAAUAAAGAUGGAUCACAUAUCCACUUUAGUUUAACUACUGGAGGUUGGAGCGAACCAGGAAACACCCCGCAGAAGAUUGAGUCGUCUCAUGUCUUUAUUGGCUAUAUCAGUAGAAUGGAUAUAACCAAACAUGGUGUUGGGAACAAUGAAGAAGGAUGUAUUUUUACCGAAGCUUCCCUUGAGUUUCAAGUAACAGAUGGUACUAAUGAGAUAGUAGGUUGCGAGGUGUUGAAGUGUGGCUUUAGUUUGGUAUAUGCAUCAGAUGAAAAUAAUUUUGUAACCCCAAAGAAGGUUGAGAAGCCUAAAAUGCUUUCUUCAGUUGGAGUUGACGUACGACUCAAGCAAUUGGAAAAGGUUUUAUUCUCGACGCCUGGAGAAACCCGUAUCAUUGGAGUUGUUGGGGAGCCUGGUAUUGGUAAAACAACUCUUGCAACGAUUUUGUUUGAAAAGCGUGGGUGUAAGUUUCCAAGUAACUUGUUCUUACGGAUGUCGAAAGAGCAUCAACCGAAACAGUGGAGAAGGAUGUUCUUGGAAGGGCUACUGAAGUACGCAAAUCAAACCAUAAGCGACGAGACAACACAUGAAUAUAUGAAGGAUACACUUCUCAAAACUAAAUCUUUUAUUGUCCUCGAUGACGUGAGUGACAAGAAGCAGUUAGAGUUUCUCCUUGGCAACCUCAACUGGAUUAAGAAGGGAAGCAAGAUUGUAAUUACUACCCAUGAGUUGUCGUUUCUCGAGGGAUUUGCUCAUGAAACUUACGUGGUUCCAAAAUUGAACAACAAAGAAGCCUUUCAACUAUUUAGUUAUCAUGCCUUUGAUUAUCAGAUUUGCAGUCCCACAAGGACCUUCCUGACCUUGUCUAAAACUUUUGUGGACAAUAUUGGAGGCAACCCACUAGCUCUCAAGUUGUUGGGUAGUGAACUUUGUGGAAAAGAUGAGGCUCACUGGAAACAUAAAUUGCAAACAUUGACGCACAAUUCCAAUACCAGGAUCGAAGAUGUCGAGAGAUCAUUCAUCGAUCAAGUUAGUCAGCAACAUAAAGACGUGUUUCUAGACACCGGAGGUUUUUUCAGAUCAGAGGAGGAGUAUUUUGUUAGGAGUCUACUGGAUUCAAGAAAUUUUGACUCAACGGAUGCUAUGAGUGAAAUCAUGGAUCUUGAUGAGAGGUUCUUGACCGAAACCUGUAAUGGCCAAGAAGAAAUGAAUGAUCUAGUAUGUACGUUCGAGAUGGACAUUGGUUCUCUUGGGCGGUAUAUGCGGUUGAAUUACGACGAUAUUACCAACAAGCUCAAGAAGAUGGGAAAAGAGGAGGCUAAUAAUGUGAGAGGUAUUAUCUUAGACAUGUCUGAAGUAACAAAGAGCAUUGCAUUGGAACGUAUGAUCUUCACCAAUAUGAUCAAUCUCCGAUACCUCAAGAUAUAUGAUUCUUGUUGUCCACGUCACUGUAAACCUGACUUUGAAUUAUACUUUCCGGAUGGGCUUGCCUUCCCAUUGGAAAAUGUUCGAUAUUUCCAUUGGUUGAAAUUACCGCUAAGGGAACUUCCACGAGACUUCAGACCGGAGAAUCUUAUCACCCUUCGACUUCCUUACAGCAAGAUUGAAUGUGUUUGGGAAGGUGUUAAGGACACACCAAGAUUAAGGUGGGUGGAUUUAAGCUAUUCGACUAAGUUGCUCAACUUAUCAGCAUUGUCAAAUGCCAAAAAUCUUGAGAAAUUAAAUUUGGAAGGAUGCACUAGUUUGGAUGAGUUGCCAUUAGAGAUUCAAAAUAUGAAGUCUCUGUUUUACUUGAAUCUGAGAGGAUGCAUACGUCUUUGUUCUCUUCCAAAGAUGAAUUUAAUCUCUCUAAAGAUUCUCAUCCUUAGCGACUGCUCAAAUCUCAAUGAGUUUCAGCUAAUUUCCGAGAGUAUAGAAUUUCUACAUUUAGAUGGAACUUCAAUCAAGGGACUUCCUCCAGCAAUCAAGAACCUCCAAAGACUUGUCUUGCUGAACAUGAGAAACUGUAAAAUGUUGGAGUUUCUUCCCAACUGUCUUUGCGAGUUGAAAUGUCUCGAGGAGCUAAUUCUUUCAGGUUGCUCAAUGCUUAUAAACUUUCCUUAUAUCAAGCAGAGCAUGAGAAAUCUCCAAAAAUUACUUUACGACGAGACCGGAGCAGAGGAGAUGCCAAAAAUAUCAUACUUCACGAGAUCCAAAGGCCAAGCUACCGGAGAUUCUUCCCAACUUUUCUUACAACCGUAUGGAUCAUUUUACAACUCGCCACGUAGAGUUUAUAGAGUAUCCUUACUACAACGUUUAUGUUUGAGCGGAAAUGGUUUUGUCAGCUUGCAAACUGACAUCGGACAACUCUAUCACUUGAAAUGGCUUGAUGUGAAACAUUGCAAGAAGCUGAGAUCUGUUCCGACGCUUCCACCAAGAAUUCAAUAUUUUGAUGCUCAUGGCUGUGAAUCUCUUGAAAAAGUUGCAAAUCCUCUUGCUCGUCCGGUGGUGACAGAGCAGAUCCAUGCCACCUUCAAUUUUGCCAAUUGCAGCAAGCUUGAUCAAGAUGCAAAGGAUAGUAUUAUUUCCUACAGUCGUCGGAAAAGCCAGUUAGUGCUAGAUGCACUUUCUCGGUACAAUGAGCAGGGUAUUGCUUUAGAAGCUUUGAUUGGAACGUGCUUUCCUGGUUGGGAAGUACCUGCAUGGUUUAGUCACCGAGCCUCUGGAUCAAUGUUAACGUCAAAGCUGCCUCCACACUGGUGUGACAACAGGUUUACUGGAAUAGCUCUAUGCGCUGUUAUACAGUUUCCUGGUUACAAUGAUCAAAGUAACCUCUCAGUGAAAUGUAACGGUGUGUUCAAGAAUGAAGACGGGUUUUCUAAAUCCUUUAGUUGCACUAUUGGAGGUUGGAGCCAAUCAAGUAACACACCGCAGAAAAUUGAGUCGUCUCAUGUCUUUAUCGGCUAUAUCCGUAGAUUGGAUGUCAGCAAUAAACAAGAAGAAAAAUGCGCAAUUAGCAAAACUUUGCUUGAGUUUCAAGUAACCGAUGGUAAGGGAGAGGUAGUAGUAGGUUGCGUUGUGCUAAAGUGUGGCUUUAAUUUGGUGUAUGCACCUGAUGAAAGAGAGAAUAUAUGUUGGGAUGCAACGACGACUGUUGCACCUACGAAUAGAGUUGUGAACGUCUCGGGUGAAGCACCAAUACUAGACAGGUCCCGAAGUGAUAGUGACAUUCAGUAUCAGUCAUACUCUUCUCUAGAUGAAGCAUUAUCUCGUGGAAAGUUGAGAAGGGAUGGUAAUGUCAUAUAUCAAUCUUACAACAGUCUAAAUCCAGAGAGGGCCAAGAACCUUGUAGGUCGAGUCACUCAUUCUGGAUCGUCUCGAGAGAAUAAUGUUAUCAAGGAUCAACGUAACUCCUUUAUAGCUGAAGCAAAGUCUUUUAGAAAGUCGAGAAGGGACGAUAAUGUCUUAUAUCAAUCUUACAACAGUCUAGAUCCAGGGAGGGUCAAGAACGUCCUAGGUGAAGUCACUCAUUUUGGAAAGACCCGAAAAAAUCAUGAUAUCAAGUAUCAGCCUUAUCAUGGUCGAAUCCCAAGGAGACAAUUAAUCAAUUAA